CUCCAAACACACACAAAAAUGUCGGUAUGCCGGCGGCGGCGGGACCCGAUUGCCGACACAAUUUACUCAUUUUCACCAUUUAACCGGAUAUGUGUCAUAUUAUUCGGCGCCGUCUCGAUUCAUCUCACUAUUGGAACUUAUCACACUUUUGGAAAUAUGCUUCCAUACAUGGCUUCUUACAUGCGUAAUUUCACUGAUCCCAGUGUCAGAAUUGAGCAUAUGAUGUGGAUUCCGACAUUUCAAGGAUGUUUCCCAUUUGCAAUGGUUAUUGGUGGCUUAACUUCGAGUACUUUUAGUCCAAGAGUUUCAGCAUUUAUUGGAUGCUUUUUGGUGACAUCAAGUGUUGCCCUGUCCGCCUACGCAAUUCAACACAGUUUUGCAUUAUUCUUCAUUGUAUACGGUCUACUUUUUGGUUUGGGAUCCGGAAUCGCCUAUGUUACAGCCGUCUCCACUGCUAUAAACUGGGCUCCCGACAAAAUCGGUGUAAUUUCGGGAAUCGUGGCCGCCGGUUUUGGGCUUUCUUCAUCGAUUUUUGCCCCAAUUCAGACGAUGAUUGUGAAUCCGUUGAAUCUUCCAGCUACAAAGGAUGGAUAUUUCCUGCAACCGGAACUCCUACACCGUGUUCCAGCAUUAUUCACAAAAUUGGCAGUGAUCUACGGAAUUAUGCAGGCGAUGGCGCUGAUUGUCGUUUGUGAUCCGCCGUUUCGGAAAUCCCGCUCCACUGAGUCAAUUCUGGAAGAGGACGACGAAGAUAUGGACGAGGAUUAUGAGCGGCCAGUAUUCGAUAAUGACGAGGACACAACAAUCCAGAUGACAUCCAGUGAAAUGCUCAAAUCACCAACUUUUUAUUGCCUAUUCGCAUCGCUGUUCUGCUGCUCAUUUUAUGCGAAUAUGUUCUAUAAUUUGUAUAAGACGUACGGAGAAUCCUUCAUCGAAGACGAUAUGUUCAUGGCAAUGGCCUUCUCAAUUGCUUCAGUUGCAAAUGCAAUUGCACGAAUUGGAUGGGGUUAUUUGACGGAUCGAACGAGUUUUCAAAUUGCUCUUUCAACUGCCACGUGUCUUGCCAGUGUAUUUCUACUUACUAUGCCAAUGACUAGGGAAUUGGGAAAAAUGGCUUUCUUGUUUUGGCUCGUCGGAACAUUUAUCUGUAUGGGUGCAACUCACGCGUUAUUCAUCACUGCAACUGUCAAAUGUUUCGGAAAUCGGCAUAAAGCCAAUAAUUAUGGAUAUUUGAUCCUUUCAACGACAACGAGUGGAAUCCUAUUGGCAGCGAUCUCUCAAUUCUACUUGAAAGCCAUCGGAUACACAUAUCUCUUCAUAAUCACUUCAAUAUUUCCAUUUUGUGCAUUCAUAUUCAUUUCGUGUAUUCAAUGGACCCCGCAGGGAAAACUUGUCACAUAGUUUUAUUUAUUUAUUUGCAUGCGGAAAAUGGGAGAGAUUUUGGGAUUUUAUUAGAAAUUUUCUGGAAAAAAAGGAAAUUUUAGAUAUUUUUUUAAUUGGGUUAAUUUUUUCUUAAAUUCCAAAGUUUAAAAAAAUUCUAAUAAUUUUGGAUUUUUAGAUUUUUUGUUUUCGGAAAAAAAAUAGAAAUUACCAAAAAAAAUCGGACUAAAAAUUCGUAAAUUCAUUUAAAAAAACAGGGUUUUCCUGAAAAUUCCAGAAAUUCACUGAAAUUUACAACAAAAA